AUGGAGGGUGCCCCGUGGGACAGGGGUGCCCGGUGUGCGGGUUGGGCAUCACCGAAGCGAGGUCGAGCGUCGUGUCUCCUUUCCCGCUUGCUGUUGCUCCGAGACACAAGACCCCGUCGGGGCUCGGAGCUUGAGGGGCAGGAGUGCGCCGUUUGUAAGGACGAGUUCGCGGCGGGUGACAAGGCCCGGGAGCUGCCUUGCCAGCACUCCUUCCACGAGCAGUGGUGGUGGCGGCGGCAACUCGGACAGCAGGGCCAACUCCACCUCCUCUUCGUCUUCACCCUCCUCCUUCUCCUCCUCCUCCUCUACGUCUGGUUCGUCGGCUAGACGGACUGCCGCGAGCAGCGGCGGCGGCAGCGGCGGCGGCAGCGGCAGCAGUCGGACGGGCACCGAGAGAUGAUGACGGGUGCGGCCCAUCGACACAUCGACACAUCGACACCCCUAACCGAAAACGACGGUGGCAAGUUUCUCGUGCGCCAGAAGUCGUCGAAGCGAGGCGCCGCCAUCGCUGUACUCGGUUGUUGGUCGUCAUCGCCUAUUACAAUGCCCGAUUGUUGGUGGCCGAAAACGACAGCGGUGACCCCUCUUUUCUCGUACGCCAGAAGACAAAGCGAAGAGAAGCAGCGUCAUGGCCGUUUGUUGGUGCCCUUCGAAGGGGCCUGCUUCUUGUCACCGAUUAGAGCGCGGGGUCGACGGCGCAAGGUGCUGGCCCGCUGGGCAUGGAACAGACUGGUUCCAGUUUACCCUUUGUGUGCCGGCGGGGGCGGGGGGGUACCUUGGCCGAACACUCACAUUUCCUCCUAGGCAAAGUCUUGUAUUCUUUGAUAAGGUAGUUGGCUGGUGUAGUGGUGGCGGCGUGAGGGGGGGGUAACGGUAUAUAUCGCACCCUUUCGUGUCUCAACCCCCCCCCCCCCCACUUUUUU